AUGUCUUCUCCUCCGCUUUCGUCCGAGACAGCGGCGGCUCCUUCUCCGGUGUUGUCAAAGACAACGACGGCAUCGAAAGAAAUCGAUCCAAACAGCGUAUUGCAGGUCGCAGAUUUCUUCAAAGGCAUCGCUUACCCAGACUCAGACCCAUCGAGCGACGAAUUCCUCUCUUUCGACUCUUUCUCCGUCUUAUUUCAAAGCAACACCAGAGCUCUCUCCGUCGCACGCGGCCGCAUCUCCUGCUCCGUCAUCGUCACGCCACCCAUCGCCAAUUUCUUUAAUGGGUUACAUGGAGGAGCAGUGGCGUCAAUUGCAGAGAGAUUAACGACGGCUUGUGCUAGGACAGUCGUGUCUGAAGACAAACAGCUGUUCCUCGGGGAAUUGAGUAUGUCUUAUCUCUCUGCUGCUCCUGUUUCGAGUGAAUUGUUGGUGGAAGGAACAGUGGUGAGGAGUGGGAGAAAUCUGACGGUGGUGAAUGUUGAGUUCAAGAUGAAAGACACCAUGAAAGUCACUUACUUUGCUCGUGCUACUUUUUACCAUACAAUCGUCUCCAAGCUUUAA